AGGUGUAAAACUCACGUCGCGGAUAUCGAGUAGCUCGGCUCGGCAAUGGGCCCCUUUCCCCGGCUUCAGCCCAGCCCCCCGAAUCCCCAAUCCAGGUUAGCGCAGCUGGUCGCUCUUUUUGGAGAGCCAAUCCUGAGCAAAGUGCCACCUGCAUGCACCCCUUCCAAGGAAAGGCCUACAUACAAAGCAGUAACACCCGCAUAUGCGGGGUCACUGUCCAAUCACAAACCCUUUGCACAAAUCCACGGAUUCACCUGAUAGGAAGAGUGACGAGUAAUUACAGCGACCUCCUCCUAAUGGAGUAUUGUCUUUGUUCGUUUCGAAUAUCACAGAGCGCAGCUCGCCUAGCAUUACACUGGACAACUUUUCAUUUCUGCAUACACUAUGCAAUGCCACCCUCAUGGACGAGUUGCAUCCCGACGUGCUGCCCACCCAGACCAGGACUUGUCACGGCAUCGCACCACCCAUCCAGAAACAAAAUACUCGACGAACACAAAAGCACACAUGCCAGCAUAAUGAUUACUCACGCACCCUUUCUUCGAGCACUUUCACCAUGCAAUGAUAAGCGACGACGAAAACAAAGCACCAAAGCCAUAAUUCUUUCAAGCUUGCCUCUCGCUCGCGUGCAUCACUCCCUUCUCCCGAUCAUCUGAGUGACGUGCACAUUUCGUCAGUGCGGCUUGGUCGGCGCAAAACGUAAGAAGCGUUUCACAAGCAUAAAUCAUUGCAGAUAGAACCAAUGUCAUGGAAAAUCGUAAAUAUCAUGAAUCUGAAC